GUUCGUGCAUUCUUGUGGGCGGAGACGAAAUUUCGGUUCCGGGUAUUUUUUAUACUUCUCUCGAAGGCGUCCAUUUGUCUGAUUAUGGUCUUAAAUCAUAAAGUUCUACAAAUUCACGAACGUUCAAGGUAGAAAACAGUUUUAUUGAAAGAACAAACAGAAUAUCAGCAAAGAUGACGACCCGAUCAGAGAGAGAGAAGGCCCUGAAACUCAACGAGCAGCAUCAGGCCAUUCUGUCCAAAAUGCUGAGAGAGGACGACAACAAAUACUGCGCCGAUUGUGAGGCGAAAGGUCCAAGAUGGGCAUCAUGGAACCUGGGAGUGUUUAUCUGUAUCCGAUGUGCUGGCAUCCACAGGAAUCUUGGGGUACACAUAUCACGGGUAAAAUCUGUCAACCUGGACCAAUGGACAGUAGCACAAAUACAGAGCAUAGUAGAUAUGGGCAACUCCAAGUCCAGGCAGCUUUAUGAGGCCAACCUUCCAGACAACUACAGAAGGCCCCAGACAGACCAAGCAGUGGAGUUCUUCAUCAGGGACAAGUAUGAGAAGAAGAAGUACUACAGCAAGAAUGUGACCAAUGGAGGCAGCCCAAAAGACAAGGAGACCAAGAGAGAGAAGGAAACUGAUAGAGGAACCAAGCUGUCAUAUAAUGCCAAGAGUGAAGAGACCCGGCAAGCCCCCAAAGCCAGUCCUGUGAAGAUUGCAGAACCUCCCGUCAACCUACUUGGCCUUGAUGCUCCAACAGCGGCCCCUGCUAACAAUGGUAGUGCUGCUAGCACAGCAAGCAGCGACUUGGAUAUCUUCGGCCCCAUGGUGUCCAACCCCCUCCCUUCAUCUAAUGCUGCUGCUCAGUUCUCUCAGGCUAGCUCCAGUACCCCAGCCAGCACUCCAACACAACCCCCAGCAGCAACCCCAUCCUCAGGCUCUACCCAGGGAGACCUGGACCUGUUCAGUGAGACUGGUGGUGGAGUUGGCAUUAAGGGGGAGGACACCGGGCAAGAAACACCUCUCCAAGGACUCCAUCCUGUCCCUGUAUGGGAACACCAGUAUGCCUCAGAUGCCCCAGCACCAGCAGGCCCCGCCUGCUGGUAUAUACAUGAACCCCGCCCAGAUGCAGUUUCCAGUAGGCAUCCCCAGCAGCAGGUCCCCACUGGCUACCAGGCCUUUCCUGGCAUGGGCACGGGCAUGCCCCCCACCACCGUCAUGGGUGCCAUGAUGGCUCAGAGCGGAGCCGCCAUGAUGGGACCCAACACAGGCAUGAUGGUUGGCAUGACGAUGCCCAACGGUUUCAUAGGACAAGCGCCUGCGGCCGGGAUGGUUGGCAUGGCUCCGAGGAUGAUGGGGGUACCCCAGGGGGGGAUGCCCGCGGGUAUGGUGCCCGCUCAGGGCAUGCAGGGGAUGUAUGCCGUCCAGCCUGGGCAGCAGGGCCAGUGGAACAUGGGACAGAUGAACCAGCAGAUGUCAGGGAUGAGUCUGAACGGUGCCGGGGGGCAUGGCCUUCGGUCAGCCUGCCUCCACCAUGGGAGGCUGGGCCGCUUCACCCUCCGGUCAGACACUCAGCACACAGCUCUGGAAGUGACCCACCUGGAGGUCAAAGAUCAGGGAUUGGGGUCUCUCUUUUGGUGGAUUUCAAUGGUGACCCAACUCAACACCCUUGAAGGUCCAGAGUCAGAGAGUCAGAACAUCCGUCAGAGCUUUGCAGAGAUACUUGGCGACAAGUACCACUACGCGAAUGCCAUCAACAGCUCUCUGCUCUGGACUGUUGGGUACACCCCCUACAUUCCCCCAGUUCUGAAAGGAAGAAGCUUCCCCUCUGUCGAGAGCUUCUUCCUGGAUGAGUGGGAGCCACUGACACUCCAGCAGACUCCUCAGGUUCUGUCCACCAGUGUUUCCAUCAAGGAAGACAACCUGAACCAGUCGUCUGCAGGCCUAGCAUCCCCAGCAGCAGGUCCCCACUGGCUACCAGGCCUUUCCUGGCAUGGGCACGGGCAUGCCCCCACCACCGUCAUGGGUGCCAUGAUGGCUCAGAGCGGAGCCGCCAUGAUGGGACCCAACACAGGCAUGAUGGUUGGCAUGACGAUGCCCAACGGUUUCAUGGGACAAGCGCCUGCGGCCGGGAUGGUUGGCAUGGCUCCGAGGAUGAUGGGGUACCCCAGGGGGAUGCCCGCGGGUAUGGUGCCCGCUCAGGGCAUGCAGGGGAUGUAUGCCGUCCAGCCUGGGCAGCAGGGCCAGUGGAACAUGGGACAGAUGAACCAGCAGAUGUCAGGGAUGAGUCUGAACGGUGCCGGGGGGGGCAUGGCCUUCGGUCAGCCUGCCUCCACCAUGGGAGGCUGGGCCGCUUCACCCUCCGGUCAGACACUCAGCACACAGCUCUGGAAGUGACCCACCUGGAGGUCAAAGAUCAGGGAUUGGGGGUCAGGGCAGCGGAAGAGGGGGUCUCAACCAGGGGGUCCGAAAUUCAACAUCCAACCCCCCCCAGCAACCUUACUAUGAACUGAUGCCCGUUCUCCAACUGUUACUGACCACUCUCCAACAUCAAGCUUAUCUGUCUCUGUUCGCAUACUGAAGAGAUGCAUCCUUUCUUCAGGUAAGCACAGAUCCAUUGGUGAUUGGACAGGUGAAAGCAAGGUGACGGUCUUAUUACUCUGACUGGCCCAACCAAAUAAGAUCAGUGAUUACUUCAAGGAAGGAAGCAUUUCUGAAGUAUUCAAACGGGGCACAUCUCUCUCUCUCUCUUUGUCUCUUUCUGUCUAUCUAUCCCUCUGUCUUUCAGUCUCUCUUUUAUGAGUGAAUUGGGCGUCAUCAUACAUACACCAUCAUACGCAGGAUGGCAGUCUGUGCCUGUUAUGUGUUAGAAAUCAUAACUCUUUUAAUUUUCCUUUUUUGGAGAAAAAAAAAUGAGCCCUGUAACACAACAAUGACAUCAUCGACAACAUAUCGAAAAAGCUGCAGGACCAGUUACACAAGCUUUUAUUGUAUCAUUAUUAUAAAAAAAUAUUAUAGAGAAUUAAAGAAUAGUAUUUAAACUUUGGGAGAAGACAUGGCUAUCAUUUCUGUGAAUACUGCUCUCCUAUGUACAGCUCUGUAUAACCUUCUUUUAAAGUACCUGUGGUUCCCCUACAAAAUAAAGUAUGAUAAACUGUG